UGAAUCCCCAGCAGAUAUCUUAAGCCAUAUCGAAUUCUCCAAAUCACAUCUCCUGACAAAAUGGCACUUAUAUAUAUUCUCCUCCUCCCAAUCUCCAUCACCAUCCUGGUCGCAUUCACCGUUUCACGAUUUCUCACCACCUCUGCAGCUUCCAAACACCGCUCACCGCCGCUGCCUCCAGGCCCUAAGCCAUGGCCCAUCAUCGGAAACCUCCCUCACCUCGGCAAGCAAGCUCACAUCUCCCUCCAACACUUCUCCCAGCUGUACGGCUCUCUCAUCUCCCUCCGCCUCGGCUCCCAGCUCCUCGUCGUCGCCUCUUCCCCCGCGGCAGCCGCCGAAAUCUUGAGAACCCACGACCGCCUGCUCUCCUCUAGAUACGUCUCCACAGGCCUGCCAUACGACAUGAUGGAGCUCGACCGCAAGGCCAUUGUUUGGGCUUCCAACUGCAGCAACGACCAGUGGAAGGCCUUCCGAGCAAUGUUCAGGAACCAGAUCUUCUCGACCAAGGCCAUCGAAUCUCAGGCCGCCGCCAGGGAGAGGAAAGCUGCCGAGAUGGUGAGAUUUCUCGAGGGGAAGUUGGGGGAGUCGGUUAGUAUCGGCCAAGUGGUUUUCGCUGCUAUAUUUGACUCGCUGUCGAAUCUCAUGUUGUCGCGAGAUUGCAUAGGGUUCGAGAGUAGCGAGACAGCCAAUCGAUUGAAGUCACUGAUUUGGAGGAUGAUGGAAUUGGGGACUUCUCCUAAUCUCGCCGAAUUCUUUCCAAUUCUGAAGAAAUGGGAUCCCCAGGGGCUGAGACGUGAGACGUUUCGUUGUUGCAAUGAGCUCUACUCCGUUUGGCAGCCCUACGUCAAAGAGAGGCGAGAGCGUCGGCAGGGAGAGCGAUAUGGUGCUCAAGACUUCUUGGAUAUUUUCCUGGAAAAUGGACUCGAUGAUGAUCAGAUUGACUGGUUGAGUCUCGAACUGUUCAUGGCCGGUACAGACACUAACACGACUGCAAUAGAAUGGGCCAUGACAGAGUUGAUUCGAAACAAGGGAGCGAUGAACAAGCUGCGGGAGGAGCUCAACGCAGAAUUGUCGUCGCCGCUCGAGAGAAAACUGCCGCUCGAUGAAUCUGUAGUUUCUCGACUUCCGUACUUGAAUGCAAUCGUGAAGGAGACACUGAGGCUACACCCGUCGGGGCCGCUCAUGCUGCCGCACCGCGCAUCGGAGACUUGCGAGGUGAUGAAUUUCACGGUCCCUAAAGGAGCUAAGAUUUUGGUCAACGUGUGGGCAAUUUCAAGGGAUCCAACAGUAUGGGAGGAUGAUCCAACGUCGUUCAAGCCGGAGAGGUUUAUUGGGUCGAAGGUGGAUUUUAGAGGGCAUGAUUUUGAGUUUCUGCCAUUUGGUGCUGGGAGGAGGAUGUGUCCCGGAGUGCCGUUGGCCACCAGACAGAUUUCGUUGAUUUUGGCUGCUUUCGUUCGAAACUUCGAUUGGUGCCUCCCCGAUGGAAAAGAUCCAGCGGAGCUGGAUAUGAGUGAGAAGUUUGGGUUCACGUUGCAAAAGGAACAACCUCUGCUUCUUGUUCCCAACCGGUAUUCAUUAUGAGAUCUUUAAUUAAUAUUAGUUUGGGUGCUACGAGUCAUUCCAUGUAGUUACCAAAAGAGAGUCCAUAUAUGAAACUAAUCACGAGGCAGGCUCGUGAGAAUAUGUUUGUAUGUUAUCAGCCAGAUGAACGUCGAAAUGCCCUUAACAUGAAGUUUAUUAAGUAUGACAUACUAAUAGACUUUAAUAUAUGCAUUGAUGAAAAGUUGAAUUUUCG